AUGUUAGAACACUCAGUAGUUGAUUCAAGCUUAUUAACUCCACUUAUUACUGAAUAUGAUAAGCAUCUGGAAGAGCUAAGUGGUCAGCUGAAGUAUUAUCAGAAACAGUUGGGUGAGAUGAAACUACAACUUGAAAAUGUCAUCAGAGAAAAUGAAAGGUUACAUGGUGAAUUAAAGGAUUCUGUUGAAAAGCAAUUGGAGGCCCUUCCCUUUGACAGAGCGAUGGGAAAUGAUAUAUAUGCAGACGAUGAAACAGUCAGGAACCUUCAAGAGCAAUUACAACUAGCCAAUCAAGAAAAAACCCAAGCAGUGGAACUCUGGCAGACUGUUUCUCAGGAGUUGGAUAGACUGCAGAAACUUUACCAAGAGCAUAUGACUGAGGCCCAGAUUCAUGUAGUUGAAAGUCAAAAACAAAAGGAUCAGUUGACUAAUUUUCAACAACUAACCCAGCAACUUCAUGUUACUAAUGAGAACAUGGAAAUGACCAACCAACAAUUUCUGAAAACAGUAACUGAACAAAAUGUGGAAAUUGAGCAACUACGCAAACAACUUAGGCAAGCUAAGUUAGAUCUGAGAGUUGCAGCAGCAAAAGUGGAAGAGUUAACCAAAGUGACUGAAGAUCUUCAAGGACAGAUACAAAAGAAGGAGGAGGAUAUAGUAUCUGCCCAAGGAAAAGAGGAAGCAUCAGAUAGACGCUUACAGCAGUUACAAUCUAGUAUAAAACAAUUAGAAACAAGAUUAUGUGUGGCAAUUCAAGAAGCCAACCAAUUAAGAGCAGAGAAAACACAUCUGGAAAAACAGAGCAGAGAGUUACAAGCAAAGUGCACUGAAUUAGAAAAUGAGAAAUUUGAAGCAAUUGUAAGAGCCAGAAAUAGCAUACAACUCUUAGAAGAAGCUAAUCUUCAAAAAAAUCAGGCCCUGCUAGAAGAGAAGCAAAAAGAAGAAGAUAUAGAGAAAAUGAAAGCAACAGUUUCUCGGCUUGUACAAGAUGCUGCCAUAAGAACCAGAAAAGAAGUGGCGAACACAAGAAAACAAUAUAAUGUACAAAUUUCUCGAUUAACAGAAGAACUUUCAGCUCUUCACAUGGAGUGUGCCGAAAAACAAGGCCAACUCGAACGAGCUUUUAGGGAGAAAAAAGCAAUGGAAGAAGAGCUAGAAAAGAUAUAUCGUGAAGGCAGAGGAAAUGAAAGUGAUUACAGAAAACUGGAAGCAAUGCACCAAAGAUGUCUGGUUGCAGAGUGUUCAAAAGAUGAUCUUCAGUUAAGACUUAAGACAGCUGAAAAUAGAAUAAAACAACUAGAAAUAACUUCCUCAGAAGAAAUAUCACGUUGCCAAGAAAUGAUCCAGAAACUUCAAAAUGUGUUGGAGUCUGAGAGAGAGAACUGUGGAUUUGUCAGUGAACAGAGACUGAAACUUCAGCAAGAAAAUGAACAGUUACAGAAAGAGACUGAGGAAUUGAGAAAGAUUGCUCUGGAGGCUCAAAAGAAAGCCAAAUUAAAGAUCAGUACAAUGGAGCAUGAAUUUUCUAUAAAAGAACAUGGAUUUGAAGUUCGACUGAGAGAGAUGGAAGACAGUAAUCGAAAUUCUACUGUUGAAUUGAGGCAUCUCUUAGUGACUCAACAGAAGGCAACCAAUAGGUGGAAAGAAGAAACAAAAAAACUUACUGAAAGUACGGAAACUAGGAUCAGUAAUCUAAAGAGUGAGCUGAGUCGACAGAAACUUCAUACCCAAGAGCUGCUUUCUCAGCUGGAAAUAGCAAAUGAAAAGGUAGUUGAGAAUGAAAAGUUAAUUCUAGAGCAACAAGAAAAAGCCAACAGACUUCAAAGGCGUCUAAAUCAGGCUGAACAGAGAGCUGCUUCAGCUUCACAGCAGCUCAGUGUGAUUACAGUGCAGAGAAGAAAAGCUGCCUCCAUGAUGAAUCUGGAAAAUAUUUAA